AUGCAACCCAAGACCCAAAUUGACUUAUUCCAGGGCUGGCCAGCCACCGCCAUGCUACCAACCCAACGCCUGAAACAAGCAGCCAACGACGUCUUAUCCAAUAAGACUAUCUUCAACGACGGGCUGGCCUAUGGUCCCGAUGAAGGCUAUUACCCCCUCAGGAAGAAUAUAGCCAAUUGGCUAUCACAGUCAUAUACACCCCUGCAUACUAUAAAUGCAGAGCGCAUAUCCAUAACCGGCGGCGCAAGUCAAAAUCUAGCAUGUGUACUGCAGGUAUUCACGGAACCGGCCCAGACGCAGAGAAUAUGGCUAGUUGAGCCCUGUUAUCAUCUUGUCUUUCGGGUCUUUGAGGAUGCCGGAUUUGCUGGGCGCAUGGUUGGGAUUCCUGAGGAUGAGGGUGGUAUGGAUGUUACUGCUCUUGAGCUUGCUUUGAGUGAGUUUGAGAGCAGUGAGAAUGUUACCAAGCCCCCCAGGCCAUAUCGAAAGAUAUACAGGCACGUUAUAUACUGUGUCCCGAGCUUCUCGAAUCCAUCUGGGACAACGAUGUCACGCGCACGGCGGGAGGCGCUUGUUAGAGUUGCUCGUAGGUAUGACGCUCUUGUCGUCUGUGAUGAUGUGUAUGACUUUCUCAAUUGGGGGGUUGUCCAUGCCUCUGCCGCUGUGGCUAAGCAUCCGCCGCGCAUUGUGGAUGUCGACCGGGAGCUUGACGGAGGUCCUCUGGAUCAAUUUGGCAAUACUGUGAGCAAUGGGUCUUUCAGUAAGCUUAUCGGUCCCGGGUGUCGGGUUGGAUGGGCUGAAGGGACCGAGGACUUUGUUUAUGGACUUUCUCAAGCUGGUUCUACGCGUUCGGGUGGUGCCCCUUCUCAGCUGAUGUCGACUUUUAUCAACGAGCUACUAGAGGAUCAUUUCUUACCGGGGUACAUCGCGGAUGCACUCAUUCCUCUGGGUCGAAAGCGUCACCGUCUACUGGCAUCAGCAAUCAAAAGAUAUCUUGGUCCUCUAGGUGUAUCGUUUACUCCUGAUCCUGAGACUAGUCCAGUGGUUGGGGGGUACUAUAUCUGGGUUCAACUCCCGGUUACAGUGAAUGCCACUCGGGUGUGUCAUUAUGCCCUCGAGGAGCAAAACUUAGUGCUAGGUAAUGGUGAGGUUUUUGCUGUGCCAGGGCGAGAUUCCUUGGGGAGAGAUUUGCAUCGCAGAUUAAGACUAUGUUUCAUGUGGGAGGAUGAGGAGCGGUUAGUUGAGGGUGUUGAGAGGCUUGGGGCCGUCAUUGAAAACUUGAUAGAUAAUUAA